AUGCCUAGAACCAGGAAGCGUCCGUAUUUCAACCUUGAUUUCACCUUGCGGAAAGUGUUCAAGAAAGCAAGUUUCCGACCACUACAACGCGAAGUUGUCAUGGCAACAUUAGACGGCGAAGAUGUCUUUCUCCAGGCUGCUACAUCGUUUGGAAAGAGCUUGUGUUAUCAGCUGCCCGCAGUUGUUGACUUUGGCACAUUAACAUCCCAAGUCACUAUUGUGAUAUCGCCACUGCUAGCACUCAUGAACAACCAAGUCGCCUCCAUGCGCAAUGCCAACAUCCGUGUCGAAACAAUAAACAGCACCACUCUUCCCGCGGACAGAACUAGAAUUAUAGCCGAUCUCCAAUGCGGCCAUCCACUAACACGCCUUCUUUACGUGACACCGGAAUUCUGUCAAGGCGACAACUUCCGCAAGAUCCUACGAAUCAUUCACUCACAGCGUGAACUCGCUCGCAUAGCCGUCGACGAAGCUCAUUGCGUCAGUGAAUGGGGUCACGAUUUCCGGCCCUCGUUCCAACAACUCUCAUUCUUCAAGACGGAGUUUCCGGACGUGCCUGUGAUAUGUCUAACCGCCACGGCCACCGCACGGGUACGAGACGACAUCAUCAAGACGCUCGCUCUGGACCCCAAAACCCUCAAAAUGUUUCGUAUGAGCACCAGCAGACCCAACCUACAUUACGAAGUACGCUUCAAAUCCGAUGACGAAGACCACUACGACAACUUCAUCUCCUGGCUAAAAUCCACACAUGCCCGCCGUGCCGCAGACCCUGAACGCGCCUCGCAGCUCAGUACCCAAAAGCAGCGCUCAGACAAUGUCCCAGGCAUCAUCUACACGCUCUUCCGCAAAGACUGCGAGUCCCUCGCCGCCCGCCUCCGCGCCGACGGCAUAGGCGCAAAACCCUACCACGCCGGCCUCUCCGUCUCUGAGCGCGCAGACGCCCUGUCAGGCUGGGUAGCUAACAAAGCAGGUUAUGAUGUCGUCGUCGCCACAACCGCAUUCGGCAUGGGCAUCGACAAGGAAAACGUCCGUUUCGUAGUACACUGGCAGAUCCCCAAGUCCUUCGAGGGCUUCUACCAGGAAGCCGGGCGCGCAGGCCGAGACGGAAAAGCCUCGUUGUGUAUCCUGUAUUAUGGCCGCGAAGACCGCGAUCGCGCGGCUAGCAUGAUGGCGAGGGAUGCGGCGCGUCAGCCGACCAAAGGAGCGGGCGUGCAGGUGCAGCAGCAGCAGCUUAUGAAUCGGGCGAAGAGUCUACAGGCGCUCGUGGGGUACUGUGAGGCUACGGAUAAGUGUAGGCAUAAGCUUAUUGCAAAGUAUUUUGCGGAUGAGGAGGAUCCGCCGUGUGAUUUUGCGUGCGAUUGGUGCAAGGAUGCGGAGGGUUUGGUGAGGAGGAAGGAGAAGGGGUUGGCGAGUGAGGAGUGGUGUUCUACGCAACGGGAGAUGGGGAGGUAUGAGGUUGAUGAAUAUGAGUGA